AUGGCUGCAAGAUUUAUCAAAAAAAUCAAUUACAUAAAUGCGCUUUUGAAGCCUUUUCGUGAGAGUAAAGUUGUAGAAAGCUUGUUAAAAUUGUUUGAUUCCGGGUCAAAUAAGUCUUCUAGUGCGAUUGGAACUGUUAAAAAUGAGGUCCCGGCGAGCAGGGCGGGUGUUGCCCAGUACAGCACCGGAGUACGUAAAGUUACAUUAAUCCCUGGUCAUGGAAUUGGACCUGAGAUCACGGUAGCCGUACAAAAAAUAUUCGAAGCCGCCAAAGUGCCUAUUGAAUGGGAUGAAGUGGACGUUACGGCUGUUAGGGGUCCAGAUGGCAAGUUUGGUAUUCCUCAAAGAGCAAUUGACUCUGUAAACGAAAACAAAAUUGGUCUUAAAGGACCCUUAAUGACCCCUGUUGGUAAAGGAUACCGGUCUCUUAACUUAGCUCUACGAAAGGAGUUUGACUUAUAUGCUAAUGUGCGGCCUUGCAAAAGUUUAGAUGGAAUCAAGACAUUAUACGAUAACGUGGACGUAGUAACCAUCCGUGAGAACACCGAGGGUGAAUAUUCAGGUAUUGAGCACGAAAUCGUGGAUGGAGUCGUCCAAUCCAUCAAAUUGAUUACUGAGGAAGCCAGUAAGAGAGUUGCAGAGUUCGCCUUCCAAUUCGCAAAGGACAACAAAAGGAAGAAGGUCACUGCAGUACAUAAGGCUAACAUUAUGCGUAUGUCAGACGGUCUUUUCCUUCGGUGUUGUCGUGAGAUGGCUACUAAGUACCCUGAUAUCAAGUUUGAGGAGAGAUAUCUGGACACUGUAUGUCUUAACAUGGUCCAAGAUCCAUCAAAGUUCGAUGUUUUGGUGAUGCCCAACUUGUAUGGAGACAUUAUGUCGGACAUGUGUUCCGGUCUGGUCGGAGGUUUAGGUUUGACUCCUUCUGGAAACAUCGGCAAGAAUGGAGCGCUCUUUGAGUCUGUGCAUGGUACAGCGCCAGCCAUCGCGGGACAAGACAAGGCGAAUCCUACGGCUUUGCUACUCUCCGGUGUUAUGAUGCUGCGAUACAUGCGUCUAUUAGAACAAGCUGAUAAAAUUGAAAAUGCCUGCUUCACUGUCCUAAAGGAGGGAAGGGUUCUUACUGAAGAUCUUGGAGGCAACAGCACUUGUUCAGCGUUCACGCAAGAGAUCAUCAAGAACCUUGAUUAA